UUGCAGUCGACUUUGUGAAGAUUGAAAUAUUUAAAGUUAAAAAGUGGUUACAAGUUUGCGCAAGAAUGGCGGAGAAUCUUAUUUACCGGCAGUACUUUUACAAUUAUCACCAAACAAUGGAGCUUCCCUCAGCACCCAGCUCGGAAUUCAUACCAUCAACGUUGAACUAUAUUCCACCCUACGAAGCAACGCAGUGUAGCAGUGAUUCCGAAUGGAUGACGGCCAGUCCUGGAGGCUACAGUUCAUCUAGCCCCAUGUAUUAUCCUGUUGCACAAGAAGAGUUUACCAGUCCAGCAAUUGCCGAUCCAAUCAAAACAUCCCCCACUGGUCGGCCGCUGUCGAAUUCGGCAAAAAUCCUAAGCCAGAUCGAGCAGCAGUAUGAAGAUAGCAGUGCAUCAGAUAGUGACCUCCUGAACAAUAGUGAAAUUCCUACCAAAAUUAAGAUCAAACGGGGCACGGCAGUUCCUACGGUGAUCAAGCGCAAGCGUCGCCUAGCGGCUAACGCACGAGAACGGAAGCGUAUGAGAGGGCUGAACGAGGCUUUUGACAGGCUGCGGGAACAUUUGCCCUCGCUGGGUAACGAUCGACAGUUUUCCAAGCACGAAACCCUACAGAUGGCACAGAACUACAUCACGGCGUUGUGUGAAUUGCUAGUAUAGGGCGCUGUCACUUUGCGCCUUGUGUAAAUAGAUAAGAAACUGAUUUUUUUUCGAUCAUCCAGAAAAAAAACAAGUCAUUAAUUCGUUUCAGAUUGUUAGACUGAGUAUUGCCUAGUGAAAUUUGCCAGUAUUAUUUUUGUAAGAGAUUCACCUUUAUAUUAUUGUAGGUCCCAAAUUGGGUAACUCGAAAGUAUUUAAACUAGUUUUAGC